AUUAGUUGUAAACGUCAAGGACGUAGGCCUCUUUUGUAUUGCGAAAAGUCUUGUAUGGAACAGAAUUCGCUGACGUUUGUGUUACCUGCCGGAAUUGCCGGAAAUAUCCGUGGCAACGUAGUUCGAUGCUUACAUUUGCAAUAUUUGCAUAUAAAGGCGCCACUGGACACAAACACGAUCAUGUUCACAUUCACAUUGUUCACUUGAGUCCACUCUCACACUCAGGCUUCUGUCUGUCAAUAGUGUCAAUACCGAAAAUAUUUGAUUCGACGCCGACGAAGUCGGUCUCGUCGAGUUGAAUUUGAGCCUGACAAUCAGAGAAACGUCGCGGAAAGGAUGAGACGAAAGGCGGGAGUGGGCGCGAUACAUAAGCAGAAGUUGGAGCAGGAGAAGUACCGGGACAAGGGCACGGAGAUCCAGGAGAACCAGUUCGAGCAGAUGACCAAGCACAUGGAGACGUUCCGCGUGAAUCUCGAGGAGUUCGCCUCGAAGCACAAGAGCGAGAUUAAGAAGAACGCGCGUUUCCGUCGACAGUUCACGGAGAUGUGCGCCUCGAUAGGCGUGGACCCGCUGGCGUCCGGCAAGGGUUUCUGGUCGGUGCUGGGCAUCGGCGACUUCUACUACGAGCUCGCUGUCCAGAUCGUCGAGGUCUGCAUGGCGACCAACUACAAGAACGGCGGCCUGAUCUCUCUGGACGAGCUGAGAACGCGUCUGAUACAGGCCAGAGGACGCAGGAAGGAGCAUCAGGAGAUCACCAAUGAAGAUCUGCUGGCAGCUGCGAAGAAGUUGAAGAUAUUCGGUAACGGCUUCUCCGUCGUUCCCAUCGGCAGAGGGAAGCAUUUGGUGCAGUCGAUACCUGGCGAACUCAGCAUGGACCAUACCGCGGUGUUGCAUCAGGCUAGUCUCUCCGCGAACGCCUACGUCUCCAAGUCCAUUCUGUGCAAGGAAUUAAGGUGGGAGGAGGACAGAGCGCAGAAGGCUCUGGACCACAUGAUGAAGGAAGGAUUAGCUUGGUUGGACAAGCAAGCGGAGGACGAGACGUUGUAUUGGUUUCCUAGUUUAUUCACAGCUUGCAUCGUUUCCACAGAAUAAACUCGGUGUUAACAUUGUUAUCAGAUAGCAUCUGAGAUGUGUCGCGAUCGACCUAUAUGCAGAAGAUAUUGUCACCUGGCCUCGGAUCCUUGUACAUAACUAAAAUCACAAAAGAGAGAAGGAAAUAUAGGUAAAAAAGAAAAUGCCACUUUGAUACGAUUCAAUUUCUCUAAGAUUGUAUAGUACGAACCUGUGUUGAAUAGUAUCUGUUUUAA